AUGGUGGGUAAAAGAAGAAAAGCCCUCCUGGCAAAAGGAGUCCUCAAGAAUCCGAAAGCGGAAGCUGCCCGAGAAGCUUCAAAGGCCAAAAAGGCUCAAAAGAGUCUAUCGGCUCGAGCUGGUAAGGAAGACCGCCGUGCUAAAAAACUGGAACGUCGGAAGAAAGAGAAGAAAUCAUAUACUGCACAAGAUUGGGCAGAGCCUGCCCCAGAUCAUUUGAUUGCCAAGUUAGAUCUUCCCAAGCAUAGUUCUAAGUAUCAAUCGUAUUUCGAAUUUGCGGAGAAUACAGAAAAGAAGAAGAAGUUGGAGUUUCAGGUCACAAAUGAUCCCCAUCCUCCACCAGGAUUCACCUAUGUCCCUAUUGGAGAUCCGACUUUGACGAAUGCUUGCAAAGAAUUAUCGCGAGAACAAAAUGCUAUGAUCUUUAUUGUUUCGCGCUCGAAAGAAGACAACUCGAAAAUUUCCGAGCAUGUAUUUCGAACUGGAUAUCAUUUCCGAGAAGUCAUCGUGGACGAAGCGCGCAAAGCUGUCGGCGACACCGUUAUUUCGAACACGACCCAUGGAUUGAUUGAGCCAAUACCAGAAUCCCAAGACGAGAUAAACAAACAAGCGGACGCUGCAAUACGCGAUCUUUUUCCAAGAAUCCCUAAUACUGAUCGACAGAGGAUUAUAGAGCAUGCUUUCCAGAAAGGUGUCAAAUUUCAUGGAGAACCUACGGUAGGCCUACAAGCCGACCUUCCCUUGGCACGUCGAGUUCAGCUCGCUGUUCUUGCUCACAUCCGUCAUACACACACUAGAUAUGACAAGCUACUCAAGGAAACCAGUUGGAUAAAUGCACGAAAGGUAGUUGAGCCUGUGUGUUUAGAUGUCCUUGUCAAAUGGCGAGGAGACGAGGAAACUGGGCGUGAUCAAAUGGAUGAGAUCUUACGAGAAGUUGUCAUUAUUACUGAUUCCGACGAUGAAGAUGACGAAUCUGAUGAAGACGAUGAUUCAGAUGAAUCCUCGGAAGAGGGAGAGACAUCCAUCGGCUCUGCUGCUCUGGCCCUUCAAGAUGGUCCACAGAGGCGGCAACCUUUGAUGGCUGAGCAAGAUUCCUACGCGAAUGUUGCUGGCCCCUCGGACUCUAUUUCUUCUCAUACACGAUCUAGAGCAAGGCAAAAUGAAGGACUCAGAAAACCCCAGCCUCGCUUCAAGCGAUACCAAGCUGCAUGGGAUGAGGCUGUCAAUCGAGGUCAAAAUAACGUUCUUGAAUCUAACGGGCGAAGUAUACAAGGAUAUGAGGCAAGUAUGAGACCCACCCAACCUAAUGAUGCACCAAAAUACCAAGAGAUGCCUCGAAGACAAGCACCUAUCGCUGCAUCACGUCCUCAUACGGAGUUGGAGUAUAUCUAUCGUGACACAGAACCUCGGCAUAGUGUUCCGCCUGAACAACAAAUUCACCAUUACUACCAACAGGAGCGGGCACCUUCAAGGACGUUGCUUCGCAGGAAUGAGGUAACAGUUAGACCCCUGCAUGACCGCCCAGCUUUUCAACCUCCACAGUUUGAUACUGCCCCACAAGUGAGCAGAGUGCCAAGAUCCCAAGGAGUUGUCAGAGCUUCCCCAAAUAGGUCUGGAUUCCAAGACUUGCUUGCUUUAUCCAUUGAAACCCAAAAUGAUAGUAUAAAUGUUUCACCUCGUUUGGAUCGAGGUACUGUUCGCGACUUGGGUCACCAUCAAGAGUCGUAUCCAAGACACGUGGUUGAAGGGAGUAGAUUGACACCUAGGCCCCGAGAAGUCAUUCUCAUUGAUGAUGAUGAUGACAAUGAUGAUAGCCCAUACUCUAAGCGCCGUCGUGUGAUUGAAGAUGAUCAUGGGCGAUUCAGGCCUUAUCCUUCCAGGGUGCAGAAUGUCCAAAUCGCCCCAAAUUUCUCUUACGGGGAUGCAGACAGGCGUUCCGUUGCAUUACCCAGAUACACUGAAGGUUUGUCACAACACUUGCCAUUAGCAUCUUCACGACCUAUACUUUCAGAACGAGUGCCUAUUUAUGAUGCGCCUGAUUCCAGACCAUAUGAGAUGCAUUCAAGUCUAUCCAGGCGAGAAGAUGAGAGGCUCUCUUACCAGCAACCUGUAUCUUACUCGAGACGAGAGAUUGCUGCGCGACGUCCUUAUUUGACCAAUUCUGAUGAGACUUACAAUCCUCAGCGAGUGGCUAAUGAUAGUAUGAGAGUCGCUAAUCGUGAUCAAUUUGUACGACGAGAACAAGUUGAACCUGGUCAGAGGUAUUAUCUUCAAAGACCAGCGUCACCUGAUAUGCAUGACCCCAGAAGAAUUUCUCAUCCUCAAAUUGUGGAUGGUCCUGCAGACCAAGCUUUCAUUCAGCGUUUCUCUCAAUCUGGACUUGAAUCCCCCCUUUCUCGGCCACAAGAUGGUCCUGUUUCUUAUCAGAGAUUUGCUCCGAACAUUCAUCGUCAAGGCGAGUCGCUAGAUCAAGCAGCUAGGUCAUUCACAGUCAUGCGUCCUGUUCAAUCAAGAUCUCCCGUACGAUAUUUAGAUAGGGUAGAAAGAUCUGGUGAUAGAUCUGGUCCACCAGUAUACUACGAGAGACGUGAUCCGUAUACUAUUGAGCGACAUAUCUCGAAUACCAUGCGUGUUUCGGUGCCGCCAGACCCUCAUUACCAGACAAAUCCUCGGGUUAUGCACCCUGGGCGUCAAGUAAUUGUGUUGGAUUAG